ACACCCUUCCUAAUUAUUUAAUAUCUAAGUCUUCCUUUUCAUCAAAUGAUGCUCGUUCUUUUGGUUGUCGUCGUGUUCCUUGCUUCGGUCUCGUGGGGAUAUCCCUAUGCAGGGGCUGUUCCUCGACUUGACGGUAGAAUUGUCGGGGGAAAACCUACAACCAUAGAGGAAUUUCCAUAUCAAGUAUCAUUAUUGUACUGGAAAAGUCAUACUUGUGGAGGUUCUCUCAUUUCAGAACAUUGGGUCGUGACUGCAGCGCACUGCACUUCCGGGAGAACUGCAUCAUCUUAUUCCGUGCGUUAUGGUUCAUCAUAUCGCAACUCAGGUGGUGACGUAGUUAGUGUUUCGUCGAUCAAUGUUCAUCCUCAGUACAACGCUUGGCUUAUCGACUACGACAUUUCGAUUAUUCGUUUAGAAAAUGUGAUAACAUUGGGCAACACUGCAGGAUUGAUUGGUUUACCAUCACAACAACGAAAAUUUUAUGGUGGCGAAAUAGCAACUGUAACUGGGUGGGGUACAUUAAGAGAAGGAGGAUUUCUUCCCAGCCAACUGCAGAGGGUAGAAGUUCCUUUGGUUUCAAGCAAUGAUUGUGUAGCUGCUUACGCAGGUCACGAUGUUACAGAAAGAAUGUUAUGUGCUGGUUAUAUUGAUGGAGGAAAAGACGCCUGUCAGGGUGACUCCGGAGGUCCUUUAGUGAUUGAAGGAGAAUUAAUAGGCAUUGUCUCAUGGGGAUAUGGUUGCGCAAGGCCAAAUUAUCCAGGAGUAUACUCCAAUGUACCUUCUUUAAGAAGUUAUAUAACAGAAAUUUACGACGGUCCUGAGAAAUUUUUACUAUUAAUACUAGCGCAAAAUAACGCAACGAUUCGAUUGCAAUUUUUACAGUCAAUGAGUUGCCCAAACAUAAAGAUGAUAGUUAUAUUUUUACAAUUAUUGUUUAGCUACACCUGGGGCCUUCGUACAAACAAUGCGGAUUUUACUAAACUGAUAGUUGGUGGCGCACCAGUCGAUAAACCUUACAUGGUGUCUGUACUAAAAUGUGGUUCGCAUGUGUGCGGUGGAUCGAUUUUAUCCGAAAAUUAUAUACUGACGGCAGCUCAUUGCAUAAAUAACGCCUACCCCUGGACCUACUCAAUUCGCGCUGGUUCUUCAAUAAUAAAUGAGGGCGGUGAAAUAAAAACAUUGUCAGAUAUUUACGUACAUCCCAAUUAUAACGAUUCCUUAGACUACGACAUUGCUAUAUUUCUAUUAAAAUCUCCACUAAUUUAUCGAGAUGGUGUUAUUAAGCCCGUUAAAUUAGUAGCAGCCAACAUAAUUAUUCCUAGUGGCACAGAAGCAGUUGUUAGUGGUUGGGGAUUAACAGAAGAAGACGGCUCUCAAUCUACACAACUUCUAGGUGUAACUGUACCUGUGGUGAGCAAUACAAUAUGCCAAGAGGUAUAUGGCGCCAUCACAGAACGUAUGCUAUGCGCAGGCAAUGAAACUGGAGGUGGUGAUGCCUGUUCCAGUGAUUCCGGUGGACCACUGGUAUCAUCCGAGUAUGGUCAGAUUGGUAUUGUAUCAUGGGGAUCAGGAUGCGGCCGGCCUGGUCUUUAUGGAGUGUAUGCGAAUGUUUCCAAUAUGCGACCAUGGAUUUCCUCCAUUACAGGAAUAUAGUCACAUUAAUGCAUGUACAUAAUACAGUCAAUGUAAAAUAAAAACUGAUGCACGUGCUCUGUUAUAACGUC